GUGUUUUCAGUCUCUUUACGGAAGCUCGGAGCUGCCAUAAUUCUUCACAUUAUAUUAUCGCCUCUGUAUAGUUUUACAAGAAAAGAGAGGAUCAAGUUGGGGUUUCAGCAUGUUUUAAUAAUCCUUAUUUGACGAGAGGGUUCCGCCAGCAAAUCUCAGCUCGGAAUUUUUUUUUUUUUUUUUUUUUAAGGAGGGGACAACACCGAGCUGUCAAGGAGACGUGAAGAUGGCGGCCACCUUGGUGCUAUUGAGGGGGAGAAGCUGCCCAGGUCUAUCCGUCCUCUGCCAGCCUCGAAAAUGGGCUUGUGGUCCCACAAUACUAAGGUACUCUUCCCAAGCAGGAAAAUGCAACAUCGACAAAGUUUUGAUUGCAAAUAGAGGGGAAAUUGCAUGCAGAGUGAUGCGCACUGCUAAGAAGAUGGGUGUGCAGUCUGUAGCAGUAUACAGUGAAGCAGACAGAAAUUCCAUGCAUGUAUCACUGGCAGAUGAAGCAUAUCUGAUUGGACCAGCAGCUUCCCAGCAGAGUUAUCUUGCAAUGGAUAAAAUCUUGCAAGUGGCAAGAAGGUCAGGUGCUCAGGCUAUUCAUCCAGGCUAUGGUUUUCUCUCAGAAAACACAGAGUUUGCAGAGUUGUGCAAGAAAGAUGGUAUUAUUUUUAUUGGGCCUCCAUCAUCUGCUAUCCGGGACAUGGGGAUAAAGAGCACAUCAAAGGCCAUAAUGUCUGCUGCUGGCGUACCAAUUAUAGAAGGUUACCAUGGCGAUGACCAGUCUGACCAACAUCUAAAGGAGCAAGCUCAGAGAAUAGGCUACCCUGUAAUGAUUAAAGCUGUACGAGGAGGUGGUGGCAAGGGGAUGAGAAUAGCAAGGUCUGAGGAAGACUUCUUUGAACAAUUAGAAUCCGCCAGACGAGAAGCUAAAAAGUCAUUUAAUGAUGACGUUAUGCUAAUUGAGAAGUUUGUUGACAAUCCAAGACAUGUGGAAGUCCAAGUGUUUGGGGAUCAGCAUGGAAAUGCCGUAUAUCUUUUUGAAAGAGAUUGCAGUGUACAGAGAAGACAUCAAAAAAUCAUUGAGGAAGCUCCUGGGCCUGGAAUCAGUCCUGAAGUUAGAAAAAAACUAGGAGAAGCUGCUGUGAGAGCAGCAAAAGCCGUGCACUAUGUGGGAGCAGGAACUGUGGAAUUCAUUAUGGAUCCACAGCAGAAUUUCUAUUUCAUGGAGAUGAACACUCGUCUACAGGUUGAGCAUCCAGUCACUGAAAUGAUCACAGGAACUGAUCUAGUGGAGUGGCAACUUCGAGUUGCUGCUGGGGAAAAGAUUCCACUCAAUCAGGAUGAAAUUAAUCUGCAAGGUCAUUCUUUUGAAGCCAGAAUUUAUGCUGAAGACCCUGAUAACAACUUUAUGCCUGGAGCCGGCCCACUGCUGCAUCUGUCUACACCACCAGCUGAUCCAUUCACCCGCAUUGAAACUGGAGUAAAGCAAGGUGAUGAAGUUUCCGUGCACUAUGACCCAAUGAUUGCUAAAUUGGUUGUGUGGGCUGAAGAUCGCCAAGCAGCACUCCGAAAGUUAAAAUAUUCCCUGCACCAGUACAAUAUUGUUGGAUUGAGCACCAAUAUUGAUUUCCUCCUCAGCCUGUCUGAUCACCCUGCAUUUGAAGCUGGGGAUGUACACACUAAUUUUAUUCCCCAGCAUCACAAUGAACUCUUUCCUCCCAAGCAAGAAACCUCAGGAGAGAUGUUGUGUCAAGCUGCACUGGGCCUCAUCCUGAAGGAGAAAGCCUUAGGCAAUGAGUUUAAUUUACAGUCUGGAGAACUGUCUACUCCAUUCACUUCCAAUAGUGGCAGACGAAUGAAUCUGUUAUACACACGAAACCUCACUUUGCUUGACUGUGAAAAGAAAGUGGAGAUGAGAAUAAAUUACAACCAUGAUGGAUCGUUUGAAAUGCAUAUUCAGGAUAAAGUGUGGAAAGUGUCAGGGGAACUUUUCAAUGAAGGAGAUGUAACUUAUUUGAAAUGCUCGGUGGACGGCACAGUUUGUAAAUCCAAGCUGGUUAUUCUGGAUGGCACAAUACAUCUCUUCUCAAUGGAAAGAAGUGCACAGCUUGGUAUUCCAACUCCAAAAUUUUUGUCAGGAGUAAGCACUACAGUUUCUCAAGGAGGAGCAGUAGCACCAAUGACUGGGACUAUAGAAAAGGUGUUUGUAAAGGUGGGUGAUCAAGUUAAAGCUGGAGAUCCACUGAUGGUUAUGAUAGCAAUGAAAAUGGAGCACACAAUACGUGCUCCAAAAAGUGGCACCAUAAAAAAAAUUUACUUUCUAGAAGGCACACAAGCCAAUCGACAUGCUCCGCUGGUUGAACUGGAGGAAGAAGUAGCCGAAUCAGAAUAAUUUCCAGGAAAUUAAAUAAUAAAACAAAUAUCUUGUUUAUUACAAGAUUAAAAACCUAUAAAUGUGUUUUCAUUUGUUUAUAAUAAAUAUUUUACACACUUUGGGUU